AUGCGCAGAAUCCGUCUUAACGCCACGCUUUUCAUCAGUCGACGGCGAACUCUACUAAAGGAAAGCACAACAAGCCUGAAGUACCAUCUUCGGGCAAAGCACAUCUUUGCUGAUGCUAGCAAAGAUGCUAGCACUGAGACAGCAUCAAGCCGUGUUCGCCAAACUACACUGGCAGAGUGCAGCAAGGCCAAGUCUGUCAACAAAGCGACAACAACUAAGCUAACCCAUGCUAUCGCUAAAUGGAUCGCCGUUGACUGCAGGCCCAUCAACAUCGUUGAAGACCAUGGGCUUCAAGGUAUUAUCCAGAUCGCCUCAGAUGACCCAUCAUACAAGCCACCUGCUAGGGGAACUAUUGUCACAAGAAUUCAUGAAUUGUUUGGCAGCGAAAAGGCAAAGAAAGCGGAGCAGUUGGCACAAGCUACAUUUAUUGCACUGACUGGAGACCACUGGACAUCAGUAAGCAACCAUAACUACCUCGGUGUAACAGCACACCUAAUCGAUGACAAAUGGCAACUGCACUCGUUCGCUUUAGGUGUGGUGAAAACAGAGGAAAGGCAUUUUGCAGAAGCAUGUGCUAGUCAGUUUCUUGAAGUCGCAAAGGAGUGGGAGAUUACAGACAAGGUCACCACUAUAGGACCAGACAGCGCGUGCAAUAUGAUCGCGGCAGCAAGGAGUCUACCAUUCGAGCACAUGCCCUGUGUAGCGCACAUUAUACAGAGGGUAAUCACAGUGUCUCUCCGUGACAGCGGGUUUGACGGUGCUUUAGCCAAGUGCCAUAAAAUAGUCGGACAUUCCAAACACAGUCCUGCAAACACAGCAGAGCUGAAACUUCAGCAAGCCUCUCAUGGGCAAGAAGAGCAGUCACUUGUCCAGGACGUACCCACGCGCUGGAAUUCAACUCUCGAAAUGAUAAAGCGUGUCCAAAACAACAAAGACCCACUGAAGGCAACGCUAGCACAGCAGAAGCACAAAUUAGCCAUGCUAACCUCAGCUGAAUAUGACAGGCUGGCAAAGUUGGAAACACUGCUGGAGCCAUGCAGGUAUGUCACUGAGCUCCUGGGUGGUGACAAAUAUGUGUCCUGCUCUGUAGCGCUGCCUGCACUCUGCCACCUCUUGCGUACGAUGGAUGUCUCAGAUGUUGACCCUGCCUACAUAGUGCGCUUCAAGACUGCAUUCACAGAGGACCUCAACAGACGAAAUGAAAACACAAACCUGUUAUGGCUAAAGGUAGCAACAGCUCUAGAUCCCAGAUUCAAGGACCUCAGGUGCCUGCCCAGAGCAGAGGGGGAAGAGGUGUGGCAAAAGCUGAGUGAGAUGCUGAAGGACAGAGAACCUGCAUCACAGCCAUCCAGAGAGGAAAUUGAACCAGAGCCACCAAAGAAGAAGAAGAUGGCCCUCCUACUGAUGGGGUCAGAGUCAGAGUCUGAUGAUGAGGCACUGUCCACAGACAAAACUGUAGACCGGUAUAAAGCAGAGUCCAGUGUCGGCAUAGAGGCAUGUCCACUACAGUGGUGGGCGGCACACACAGGUGCUCAUGGUAAGCUGGCCCAUAUUGCACAGAGGUACUUGGCUACACCUGCCUCAACAGUGCCAUGUGAGAGACUGUUUUCUUUGGCAGGCCACAUUGUGCAGAAGAAGAGGUCCGCUCUGUCAUCUGAAAAUGUCAACAAGCUGGUCUGCCUGAGCAACUGGUUGAAAGAAAAGUAG